AUGGAAACGGCUAGCGUUGGACAUAGUUGGUGGGCUUGUAAACUCUACGAGUUUUCCUUUUGUUUUCGAGUUAUUUCAGCAUGGAUAACAUUAUUUUGGAUGUUUGAACGUUUAAUAUGUGUUUCAAAAAAAUUACAAUCAUUUUUUGAUCGAUGGAAUCUAUACAAAUAUAAAUAUAUUAUUCCAAUAAUGAUAGUAAUUAUAAUUAUUGGUUGUGCUGUUGGACCGUCUGUUUACAUGUUUCAACCACAAAUAAGAAUUAAUCAAGCAAUACGAAUGACUACUAAUAGUACAAAGAGAUAUUGUGGACUUCAUCCAAAUGCGUCGACUAAAUGGCGUCAAUUUUUUCAUGAAGUUCGUUUUGGUAAAAAUCAUUAUACAAUACGUUGUCUUUUCUCUGAAUUGAUUCCAACAGCAACAAUUAUUUUAUUUAAUGGUUGUAUAAUUCUUCAUCUUAUGAAAACCUAUCGACGUUUACAUCGGGCAUACGGUUGUGAACCACGUCGAAAACAAUCACGAACAACAUCAUGGAUGAAUAUUGUUCUUAUUCUUCAUUCGAGUCUUUUUCUUUCAUCACUGUUUGCUCAUAUUCUUGGACAUUUUAUGACCAUCGAAGCACAUGAAACAUGGUGGGUUUCAUUAGCAAUUUUAAUCAAUUGUUCAUUAAAUUUUUAUAUUUAUUGUUUAUCCGGUAAAGCAUUUCGCAAUGAGAUUCGUCGAUUUAUUCAUCGAUUUGAAAAAUAA